AUGCCAUCUUAUGCCAAAUUUCUUAAAGAGAUAUUGUCCAACAAGAAGAAACUUGAGGAUAAUGAGACAGUGAUGCUUACUGCGAAAUGUAGCGCUAUUAUCCAAAACAAUAUGCCACCUAAGCUGAAAGACCCUGGUAGUUUUUCUAUACCCUGUGUAAUAGGAAAAUUCGUCAUAGACAAAGCACUAUGCGAUUUAGGAGCUAGCGUGAGUUUAAUGGCCCUCUCAAUCUGUGAAAAACUUCAAUUAGGCGAACUAAGACCAACUAGAAUGUUUUUACAAUUAGUCGAUCGCUCUGUUAAAUACCCUGUAGGUAUGCUAGAAAACAUUCCCGUUAGGAUAGGUCAAUUCUAUAUUCCCACAGAUUUCAUCAUUAUGGAUAUUCAAGAAGACUCAAACAUUCCUAUCAUACUGGGAAGACCUUUCUUAGCCACUGCUGGUGCCAUCAUCGAUGUGAAACGAGGGAAGCUUACCUUCGAAGUCGGAGAAGAGAAGAUUGAAUUCAUUCUUUUUCAAUUCCUCAAAGCACCUUCUAUAGUUGAUACAUGCUGUUUUGUUGACAUAAUUGAUGAGUGUGUAAAGGAAAUAAAGUCCGAACCACAUGAAGAAACUAAAAUCCUAAGAAUUCCUAUACCGCCUAUCCUAGAAGACGAUAACUGGCGAGGGGAAUAUCAAGACAAUCAUCUAAGUGAAUGCCUAGCACUGACUCCUGAUCCUAUACCUGGACCUAAGAAACCCGCCAUAGAACUUAAAACAUUACCGAGUGAUUUAAGGUACGAAUUCCUGGACGAAGAACUUAAACGACCUGUCAUAGUUAAUGCCAAUUUAGGAAGAACCGAAACCGAAAAGUUACUCACUGUCCUAAGAAGAUACCCAACCGCUCUAGGGAGUUUUCCAAAUUCCUAUCUACCCUGA